AUCGUCGCUGUGGUGUUGUACGCAGGCGGUCGUGACAGUUUAAUAUGGCGUCGUGAUAUGAUUGUGGCAUCCGCAAUGUUUUCGUGUUUUUAAGUAGACAUUUGCGAAAUAAACCGAAAACGAACACUAUCCGUUUCACUUAAGUGUUCCUUAUUUUGUGUAUGUUUCUGGAGUGUUGUUGUUACCGGGAUUCGGUUUGCGAGGAGAACAUUUGGCAGGUGUAGUGACAUUCAGUUGUAUUUUUAUCAAGGAUAUUCCAAGCUCAGCACAAUAGAAAAAGCCAAACGUGCUAAACUCUGGAACAAAACUCUACUAGUUGCUACAUUCUGAAAUGGGCCUGGAAACGUAUACAAUGGAGGAACAUCGAAGACGGUAGUCUACAGUUAGUGUAUUUGGUUCGAAAUGAGUGCUGGUACGACGGGCACAGCUUUGCCCCAGCCAACGUCCAGCAUUUUGGCCUUAAAAAGGACGAAAAUGGGAGGACUCAGAGAUUCAGUUCCGGGAGUACAUGGCAAAGGUGCCAUUCCAUCUGUUGGAGGCACUCAUGGAGUUCGCGGGCGACUUAGUAAUCAUCAGAGAAAUUUGAGCUUGGAUUUCAGAUCUAUGGGAAUCCUCCUUCCACCUAUCGCCCAGGUAACCAAUGGAUCUACCUCGCAUAUGACUCUCCACCAUAGGAACCGUUCACUGGAUUCUGCUCUACAGAAGAUCCCGGAAGUCGAUGUCACUCCGAGCCCGGAAUGCGAAAAUGUGACCGCAACUGUUCUGGCAGAUAGUGUGCGGCAUCAUCAGAAUGCGGUUGCAAAACAACGAGAUGAACUGGCAUCCUUAGGAUCGGAUGACAGUGGCAUCUUAUGCGGAUCAGAUACCAGUGACACGACCAGAGAAUCCAGCGUCGAGCAUCUUUCAAACGAGAGCCGUGAGAGUUUGGACGAUUUGGAUAAACCGCCUAAAACAACACCAAAGUGCCAAAUUACUAAUGCGGAUCAUCAAAGGACUAAAGACUAUUCGGUAUCCGUAGUUGUUAGUCGUGAAAGUGCGAGUGAUAAUAACGAAGACUUGAAACGGCCACCUCCUAAAAGUUCGGGAAUGCUCAGAUUGUUGGAGAGCAAAGUGUUUGAUGUCCCCAUGGCGAUGCAUUAUUUGUUCAACAGCAAGGAACCUGGGGUACUUUGCUACAUUGUCAACAAAAUGUUUACGUUCAGUGAUUAUGAAGUUGACUUCUACCUUCCCCAACUGGUGUGCAUGUAUAUAGAAAUGCCCGAAGUAGCUGAAGUUAUACACAGAUAUCUUGUACAUAGAUGCCGGAAAUCCAUAGACUUUUCUCUGAAAUGUGCCUGGCUGUUGCACGCUUACAGUACAGAUGUGACGGUCCCGUCAAAAAAGAAGCCUCAUGGAGUGAAGCUUCGAAACUUGAUACUAUCUGAUGAGCUGAGACCCAAAGACCAAUUAGCUAAUGUCUUCUCAAAUCACGAUAAAAUGUCUAUGUCUCUAACUGAUAGACUUACUGUAAAUUUACCAUUGAAAAAAUCGCAUCAAAGAUCACAGAGCGAUGCUUCAGCAUUAUUGGGCACGGCUGAACUGAAAGCAACUCCUGCGAAACUAUGCUUGGGAGACUUAAGCUCAGGCAGAGCUUUCGAUAAUGGAUGCAUGUGUUUCGAAAGUCGAAGAAGUAUGGUAAAUGAUCUUAGGGGAGAAAAGACUGAUUGCACCUGCUUGGCUCCAAGACUGAGACCUGAAUUGGAAUUUAUGCAGGCGCUUAUCCUAAUAGGAAAACUUUUAAGUUCCAUACCUACUAAAGAAGCGAAAACGACGAGACUGGUAGCAGAACUCACUACAUUAAAUCUUAACUUACCGGCUAGAGUAUGGUUGCCGUUGAACACAGAAUCUCCACAUUUUGUAGUUAGGAUUCCUCCACAAGUUGCGGCGGUGUUGAAUUCCAAAGACAAGGCUCCCUACAUAAUCUAUGUGGAAGUAGUGGAGGUCGAUGAUAUCUACAGCUCUUCAGUGCCCGGAAAGAUUAUGUCUACUUUACGACACACUAAGUCAGAAGAAAAUUUAAAACACGACUCAUUGUCCCUGUCUGCUUUCAGCGUUUGUGGUGGUUGUUACGAUGACAUCGAUCCUGACUGGAGCCAGGAAGAUGAUGAAAUUUCUCAACAGUUCCUGUCGUUGCAGUAUACGCAAAUGAAUAAAACAGUAGACAGAGACACAAUUUCCCAAAUGAGCCAAGAUUCAAGCGAUUCCGGUAUUCCGGCAAUAUCCAUUCCUGCGAGUGAGAUUCGGAGACGGUUAUCAGAUUUUUUCCACGAAGAGAAAAGCAAACAGUUCACUCACGAUCCCGAAGAUCCUUCAGCUGCCGUUUUAAAGGAACCUUGGCAGGAUAAGGAGACCAGAAUUCGAGAAACUUCUCCAUAUGGCCAUCUAUCAAAUUGGAAGCUGCUGUCUUGCAUUGUAAAAUGCGGCGAUGAUUUGAGACAGGAAUUGAUGGCCUUCCAAUUGCUGAGUGUAUUCCAGAAAAUAUGGGAAAUAGAACAUGUACCAUUGUGGAUCCAUCCGUAUAGAAUAUUGGUGCUCUCAGACGACAGUGGCCUUAUCGAACCCAUUCUCAACACAGUGUCUCUUCAUCAAGUGAAGAAACAUUGCCAACUUUCAUUACUUCAAUACUUUAAAAAGGAAUAUGGACCCGAAACGUCUGAAGCGUUCCUAACAGCGCAGAAAAACUUUGUUCAAAGCUGUGCCGCCUACUGCCUAAUUUGUUAUUUAAUUCAAGUUAAAGAUAGGCAUAAUGGAAACAUUCUACUGAAGAGCGAUGGUCAUUUGAUACAUAUAGAUUUUGGCUUUAUUUUGUCCACAUCGCCGAAAAACUUGGGAUUUGAAAAAUCGCCGUUCAAACUCACUCCGGAGUUUGUGGAAGUGAUGGGUGGAGAACAUUCGGACAUGUUCGAAUAUUUCAAGAUUCUCAUUCUUCAAGGUUUGGUAGCGGCCAGGAAGCACCAUGGCAUGGUAAUCAAUUUGGUGGAAAUUAUGCGGUCAAGUAAUCAAUUGCCCUGCUUCAAAUCAGGAGCACCCACGGUCCAAAAUCUUCGAAACCGUUUCCACAUGAACAUGACCGAGGAACAGCUUCAAUUGGAGGUAAAUCGGAUGGUCGAGGGCAGCAUUCACUCAUUAUCAACGAAACUGUACGAUGGUUUUCAGUAUUUUACUAAUGGGAUACUUUAGCUCUGUGAUGAUUUCCAAGAGUGUAUAGUGUGAAUUGUCAAUAUUAAGGGUCAAACUACGUGCGGGAUUGUUUAUUUGUAAAAUUCCUUUUCAUUUAUGCCAUCUACAUGUAAGUAUUAGACUUGAACAUUCCACUUCUUUAUUUAUGGCUCCACUGUUGGUUCGUGCAAGGGACUUUUAUUAAAAUGAAGCAUUAAAACAGUUAGAAGUAUUGAUAUAUCGAAUGGGGGUUUUUACAAUAAAACAACACCGCAGUAAUUUCUUUUGCAUAAGAAAAUUUAUUUAUCGCCCACAACCAGGACUUUUAUAAAUGAUCAAGUAAAAGAAAUUAUUCAACUUGUCAACAAAUAAAAAUAUUUAAUUGCAACUUUUAAAAAGCAAAUCUAUUAAACAUUGUUUUUAUAUAAAAGUUUGAGUUUAGUUUCCCGAUCCUUAUGACUUGAUGAACGAUAGUAUAACGAGUGACUACAGAGACUAAUUAGCGUAUGUCACGUGCAAGUUAUCAACUAUCGCAACAAUUGUACCAUCUCAAUUUAUUUUUUUAAGUUCUAUAUCGAUAUUAAAUAAAUAAUGUGUUAGAAUAUGUUUUCGAAAAAUUUUACUACGGUCUCCUGAUAAUGUAGAAUGGUAGGCGGUAAGGUAGAAAUUAGGAAAAGUUUCUACUUAUUUGAUAAAAACUUUAAGAAACUAUUUAUUAGAAUAUAUUUCAUUUCAACGUACAACAUUUAGCUUAAUUUCUUAACAAAAUAUAUAAGAGACUAGUGAAACUGUUCAUAUCAACAAGUUUAUUUGAAUAGAUAGGUCCCAGUAAAUGUUACCCCUGCUUUCACGAUAAAAUAAUACUCUUAUAGUGUAUAAAUUAUGUAUUUUUUAUUUUUACGUUUAGCUUCAGGAGACUCCAGUUGCCUUUUACUUUUAGCGUAAUGUGAGACCAAAUGAACUGAGCCAUCUUCACGCCUUUUGUAGCAAGUAACAAGUCUAGUACUAUGUAAGUUCAUAUUUUUAAAUGCUCAAUCUAGAUUUAUGCUCUUGAGUUCAUAUUAUUUAGUUUAGGUAUGCCGAAUAAUGAAAUAUACGUGAAAUAUACUGAUGUUGUGGUUUGUUGGUGAGCGUGAUGCUACUAAUUGGUAAAAGAUGCCUGUCUAGAUCUUUACCACAAGCACCUAAACAAGCAUGUUUUGCCAAUUAUGUUCCAACUUAUUUUGUGAACCACUACAAAAAUAUGUAUUUCAUAAUUAUUGUAGACAAAGAAUGGAAAACUUUUAUAAUUGAAGCUAGUCGCUGCUUUAGGUAGUCAAUUGUGAUGAUUAGGAUCAAUGGGCGAUAAUAAUAUAAUUUUAUUAGUACGUUUUGAGAAUUAUUCUAUGGACAAUUUCAGUCAGAAUGGGAAUAUUAAUCAAAAACUGAAUGUGCAACAUUCGUAAAAAAUCACAAUAUGAAUUUUUUAUCUCAAAUGUUGACCUUCGAGUUGAAAUGUAAACAUUAACCAUAAAUCCACAGCGCCAUAAGGAAUUAUUUGUAAAUUAAUAUGGGUAAUUUACUAUGCCGUUCUGUGCUUCCUGCUUGCUGAUGAUGUAAAGUAAACGUUUAGGAAGACAACCAUCACCCCCAAUACACAAACAUCUACAUGCAAAUGUAUAUAACUUCAUUAUCAAGAUCAGUAAGUUUAAUUUGUCUUACAUUGAAAAUAAAAUUAAUCCUAAAAGUUGAUAGCCAUAAUGAAUUGUAAAUAUUGUGAAAAUAAUCAUUAAAUAUGCUUAUUUAUGAUCGAAUCUCAAAAAUAAUUUCUAUAGCGAAUGCAGUGUAAAUUGUCCGCUUUCACUAUUAGCUUAAAGUGUGAAAUUAAAUGACAAAACCGUCUUUGUAUGAAAUGUUGGAAAUUAAAGUACCGUAAAUGUAGGUGCAUCCAAUUACAAUGUUGCAAAUACGAAGUACUCUUUUAUAUAUAGUAGAUAAUUAUUGACAAAUAUCCAUCCAUUUUAUAAAUGAACAAUACAAUCUAUAAUGUAUAUGAUUAAAUUUGACUGAAAUAAGUCUUCUUGUAGGUAACGAAACUUAAACAUAGCCGUGUUUCAUUUAUAUUCGCUAUAAAAUGCUUUCGUAUUCGCUUAAUGUAAAAAAGUUUAUUUUUUCUUUUUAGUUUAUGUUCAUUAUGCGAUUUUAAGGACAUAUAAUCCAAUUUCUAUUUAGUAUUAAGAGAAGACGUUACAAUUAAGAUUCAAAAAUUAGAUCACAAAAGUUGCAUUUUUAGACCAUGUUGAACAAUUUUUAGAUAUCGACUUACCAUCGAAUUUAAGAUAGAAAAGUAUCUGUUUUCGUUACUUAAAAAAAUGACUUAAUAUAUUUAAUGCAAAAAGACUGAUGCGCCCUUAUAGGCUUUUUGCAGAUUUAGAAAAGUGUUUUGUAUUGUUGUUUGCCAGGAUUAAAUCAAAACUAUGUUUUCCUUCUAGGUAAUAUGGCAAAGAAUAAUGAUAUAAUUAUUGAUAUGUUAAAGCAGAUUUUUUAUUACAUAAAUAUGUAUUUAACAAUAAAUUUUAAGAUUUUAA